CAACUCUGAUUCGUUGGCGCUGGGUGGCGUUCGGACUAUGGAACUCUGAAGUCUGAACGUUUCGCAGUCACAAACCCACGCAAGCAGAGAGAGAGAGAGAGCGGUGAUGGGGAGUGUUGCGCUGCCAUUUGUGGGCAUGAUGAUGGCAGAGUGUGCCCAGGUUGGGCUAAUGAUAGUGGCCAAAGCAGCUAUGACAAGGGGAAUGAGCAACCUGGUCUUCAUCUUCUACUCCAAUGCCUUUGCCUCCCUCAUCCUCCUCCCCACUUCAUUUCUCUUCCACAGAUCAACAGAGCGCCCUCCUCUCUCUUUCCCCAUUCUCUGUGGAUUCUUCGUGCUCAGCCUACUGGGUUUUGUUGUGCAGAUUCUAGGGUAUGCUGGGGUAUUGUACAGCUCGCCUACGCUUGGAACGGCCAUGCUCAACCUUAUCCCGGCUUUUACCUUUAUCCUGGCUGUUACUUUUCGGAUGGAGAAACUAGAUUGGAAAAGCUCCAGUAGCCUAGCUAAAUCCAUGGGAACCAUAGUGUCAAUUGCAGGGGCAUUCAUUGUGACUUUAUACAAGGGCCUUCCACUUUUAAUGCCACCGUCACCUACAAACUCAUCUCAUCAACUUUUCUUGCAAGUGUCGAACUGGGUCAUUGGAGGAUUGCUCCUUGCAGUUGAUGCUGUGCUGAGUUCAGCAUGGCUUUUUGUGCAGGCAUUGAUGCUGAAGAAAUACCCAGCAGAGCUUAUUGUAGUCUUUUUCUACUGCUUCUUUGUUGCCAUCCAAUCUGCAGUAGUCUCUUUGGUAGUGGAAAGAGAUUUAAGUUCUUGGAGCUUACAAUCUAAUGAGACGUUGAUUGCUGUUCUAUAUUCGGCAGUGUUUGGUUCUGCAUUCCAAGUUGGCAUUUCUGCAUGGUGCCUGCACAAGACAGGGCCUGUUUUUGUUGCUAUGUUCAAGCCUUUGGGGAUCAUCAUUUCAGUUGUUGUGGGUGUUAUCUUAUUAAGAGAUACUUUAUAUCUUGGAAGUUUGAUUGGAGCAAUUGUGAUUGUCAUUGGAUUUUAUUCUGUCAUGUGGGGGAAAGCCAAAGAAAAGAAGAUGGGUGAGGAAGCUGGGGUAAGGAGCUUGGAGUCAAGCAGAGAAAAGGUCCCCCUCUUGCAAAACAGUAUUGAAGAAAUAUAGAAGUUUUGUAGAUAAAAUCAUAGCAAAAGGUCUCUCUUGCCAACCAAAAUGGGUAAUCUCUAUUGCUAUUGUCUUGGAAAUGGAUGAAAAUAUAGCUAAAAAGUUAAUGUUGGAAACGGCUAUUUAGUAUUGCAGGAAACCAUGGGCCUAUGAACAGCCGCCUCUUAUACUUUGGCCAUGGUUUUAGCUAGCAUGAUUUAGUUAAAACUAAGUUGGCCCAUUCUUUUCUGAGAUAAUAAGAUUCUUCCAAAGAAAUUGAAUAGCACCAUUAAAUGUAUAUUUCAUUUGACAUUUGGAGUUUUUGUGUAGAAAUUCAGCCCGCGAAAUAAAAUUUCAGCCAUCCAGUUCUUCGUCAA